AUGACUGGCUUCCUAUCAGACCUGGUGAAUUUUAUUCUACUUCUGCAGGUACAAUACCAGGGACUCUUCCGAAUGGUCAUUGUCCUGGGGAUAGGUGGAACAUUCCAAGUUGGCUUUCAAAUUUCUACAAUCACCUACAUGAAUCAGCAUGUUAAGGCUUUCAUUAAUGAAACUUGGCUGGAGCGAUAUGGCUACCCCAUCCAUCAGGAUAACCUCUUGUUCCUGUGGUCUCUCAUCGUGUCCAUCCUUGGUAUAGGAGGUCUCUUGGGUGCUUCAGGAAGUAGAUACCUGACUGUCAAGUAUGGCAAAAAAAAAUGUCUCCUGUGCAACAAUCUAUUAAUGAUAACUGCAGCAUCUAUCAUGGGCUGCAGCAAAAUGUCCAAGUCCUUUGAGAUGAUUCUCAUUGGACGCUUCCUGUGUGGUGUAAGUGUAGGCUUUUCUACUCCUCUGCAUCAUCAGUAUGUUGGGGAAAUUUCCCCUAGGAAGCUACGUGGAUUUGCAAACUCUACUGCCUCUUUCUUUUGGUCACUGGGAAAAGCCAUAGGGCAAAUUGCAGGACAAAGGUAUAGUACAACUGAUUUGCAACCCAGUUCAUAUCUGGAUCCCUCUAUCUUUUGCUUCUUCUGCUUUUCCAUCAAUUUCUUUCUCUUCUCAAAAACCAAUGCAAUGAACUUUUAUUCUACACACUCUUGUUUUAUUCCUGCCAGGGAGCUGCUGGGCAGCCAGUCCCGGUGGCCCAUGCUGAUGGCCUCCUGUGGAAUUCCUGCACUGGUCCAGCUGCUCACUCUGCCCUUCUUCCCUGAAUCCCCGCCAUAUCUCCUCAUGCAUAAAGGAGACCAGGAAAGCUGCAAGAAAGCCAUAAGGCAGCUCUGGGGUGAAGGCCAUCACCAAGCAGAGAUUGAUGACAUCAUGAAAGAGAAGGCAACAAUGAAAAACAUCAAGAUCUUGAGUGUCCUGGAGCUAAUGAAAGAACCAGCUAUCCGCUGGCAGCUGUACAUGAUAGUUAUUCUGACCGCCUCAGUUCAGCUAUGUGGCAUCAGUGCAAUUUAUUUUUAUACUUUUGAAGUCCUCCAGGCAGCUGGCUUUGAGGAAAGAAUGGUCCACUAUAUGACCCUCUCUGUCGGACUUGCAGAACUCUUAGCCACUGUAGUCUGUAGCUCCAUCAUUGAGCGACUGGGCAGGAAAACACUCAUAAGAGGAGGCUACUUCAUCAUGGGUUCACUGCUAGCUGCUAUCACAGUGACCCUCUCCCUACAGGAUUGGUAUUUCUGGAUGCCAUACUGCAGCCUCUGUCUGAUUAUCUUAUUUGUAGUUGUCUUUGGGCUUGGGCCAGGUGGUGCCACAGUUUCCAUGAGGGUUGAAAUUUUCAAGCUGUCAUGUAGACCAUCCGCCUUUGUGAUCAGUUCAGUUUUCAACUGGCUGGGUGUCUUUGUGAUUGGAACAACCUUCCCAUUCAUCGUGGAAGGACUCAAGCACUUCUGUUUCCUCAUCUUUAUAGGGGUACUUUUCUCUUCAGCAACAUUUUUCCACCUGUUCCUUCCAGAAACAAAAGGGAAGUCAAUUGUGGAAAUAACAGAAGAGUUUGAUAAGCUAAACUUCAGAAAGAAGCAUGUUCCAGCAACUCCAAACCAUGUCAUGGAGGAGGGUUACACCUUCUGCACCAGGCUGUGACUGGCUGGUACAGAGGUAGCAAGCAUUCUUGAAAGGAAGAAAGAAAUGACAUUUGUUGUUUUCUGGUUUGCAUAUUGGUCAAAUGGACUAUCAGCUUUCAUUAUCCAUCACCUGCGAGGCUUUUCUUUUGCCAAAACAGCAUGGUUCU